AUGCUAGGACUCACUGCCCCAAUACUGACAAAAACCGAAUUGACCAGAGCCAAAAGUGAGCUGAAGCUCGAGUUUGCGGAUAUCCCUGGUGCCACCGGAUACACAGUGAUUUUUCUCAUCGACACGCAAGUUUAUCAGCUGGUUGAAUUGGCACCGGGCGAACGAGUAACGCGAAAUGUUCGAUGUGACGAUUGUUACAUUGCUAUCCGUACGGUUAAAGACGAACAGAAAGGUGCCUUUACCGAACCCAUCAGACCAUACGGCAUUGUAUUCUGUGGGAUCUCAUCGCAAUCAAACGAGAUAGUCGCUCAAUAUCAUCAACCAAAGCCGGACCAUCAAGCUUCUGUCAAAUCAGCCAAAUCGAAUUUCGCAAUCAAUGAGUUACGGUAUUUCGAUUUCGGUGGAACACUAGUGAAACCAUUUGCACCCUACGCUGACUGCCGUGUGAAACAAAAAUCAAUGUUACCACGCCAGUAUUUUAACUGUGCAUUAUCCAUUUCAGUGAGUGACAACCAAUGGGUGCAGAUUCAAGAAGCCACCUACAAUCGCGGUGUCCUGAGUGUGAUAUCCAAAUCCAGCAUGGACAUUCUGAAGAUCAACACAACAAGUGGAAUCCGGGAAUUUGAAGCCAUCUACCAUAUGGCCGUAGUGUCGGUCAAUGAGGAGCCCAUUCAAGUGCAAGGGGACAAUGGACCGUGGUUUGAUGUCAGAAUUAUUGAUGAAAAGCAACCGGUAAUUGUAACUGCAAAACGGUACGGAGACACGGUCUUUAUUGAGAUGGAGAAGAAUGCAGCAGAGCUCACACCGCUCUAUGAAGGACACGGAUUUUGUGCCGAAGGUGUUAACAUGCAGACCCGUUGGUAUGGGUACUACGGACGGUUUCUUAUUGAACCAGCUCCUGAUUGUAACCUAUUCAUACGUAAAAUAUUCCCAAAUGGAAUGUUGUCCGUGUUCAGCAAACCUUGGAUUAUCCCUGAGAGUUCCGAAACCAUGUAUUUCGAUGUUGUACCUACGCAUACCGGAUACAGUUUACAGUUACUUACCGAAAAACCAGUCAUAAUUACCUACACGAAUACUUUGAACAGUAAGAGUACACAGAUUUCGUCGGACGAAUUGGAUCCUAGAAAACGUGACCUGAGUAAUUUGGAUCAAUGCACACCUUACCGGUUUGAAGGUCAUUUGGUUGAUUCAUCCGAUGGUGAACUACGCCAGACUUUGACCAUGGUGACACAGCCCGAGAUACCAGAAGUAACGGAAUUCAAAGCCAUCUCACCAACGGAAACCUUCAUCUCUGCCCAAUUCCUUACAAGAGGACACUGUGCACUGAUUUUCUGGAUGAAUGGCGGUCGUGGUACUGACCAGAAAAAGCAGCAGGUGUACGGAUCCCCUUUCACAAUAAGGCUUCGCCCUGAAACUGGUACCAUCGUUGACAAACGUGAAAAAUUCUACGAUGUCAGAAUGAAUUAUACAAUCUACGAAACUCCACCAUGCGGGAAACGGUUUCUAAGCAUUUUACCCUUUCUCUCAGAUCAAAUGAUAACAACUAACGUCCCCAAAAAGCGCCUGGAAGUCGAACCCUACGAUCUUCAAAUUUCGGUGAACAAAGAGGAUCCUACAACCUACGAAAUUCGUGUUCUCAACCCAAAUCCAUGUGUAAAGCCUCAUUAUCGUUAUUCAUUCGGUCCGAAGGAAGAUGAGAAGACUAUCAAAUAUGUAAAAACCAAUCAAUGGAGGGUUUCAACCACGACAUCGUGCUCACCGUGUGAGCUUACAGUAGAACCGGUCGAAACGGAGUCGGCAAUGAAAAAGUACACUGGCUCAUUCACUGACAAAAUAAGUUAG